GCACUUAUCAGUGCCCAUCUGAGCUGCCUUUCAGUGUCACCUAUCAGUGCCAGUCAGUGCCACCUAUCAGUGCUGCCAAUCAGUGUCACCUAUCAGUGUCACCUAUCACUGCCAGUCAAUGCCGCCUAUCAGUGCCCUUCAGUGCUGCCUAUCAGUGCCAGCCAGUGCCGCCUAUCAGUGCCAGUCAGUGCCACCUAUCAGUGCUGCCUAUCAGUGCCAUAUAUGAGUGCUGCCUUUCAGUGCCCAUCAGUGAUGCCUGUCAAUGCCCAUCAGUGCCACCUACCACCUAUCAGUGCCCAUCACUGCAGCCUUAUUAGCGCACAUCAUUGAAGGAGAAAAAUCACUUAUUUACAAAGUCUUAAAACAAAAACUAAGAAAAAACUUUUUUUUUUUCAUAAUUUUCAGUUGUUUUUGGUUUGUUUAG